UGUUGCGUUUGCGGCUCAUCAAACGGUUUCUUUAUUUCUAUUGCGGUUUCCGCAAACUGCGCUGGGUUUUGCAGGUGCCAUGUUUGAGUAGCAAGUAUGGCGGAAAAUCAUCUGGAGUACGGCUACCUGGAGGACGAGUCCAUCGGGGCGCAUUUCACCGAGGACCCGGAGCUGGCAGCCAUUAAGGCCCGGGUUCAAGAGCUGGAGAUGGAAGAAGAGACAGAAAGACUAAAGGAAGAGGAGAGGUAUGAUGCCACAGACAUGCAGCUCCUGACCAGCAGCCCUCAGCCUGGACCUUUCUACAAUAUGACUCCUGAGGAGAGGAUAGAUGCAGACAACAGAUCAGUCUAUGUAGGAAAUGUAGACUAUGGUGCUACUGCAGAUGAAUUGGAGAUCCAUUUCAAUGGCUGUGGUCCUGUGAACAGAGUUACCAUUCUGUGUGACAGGUUCUCUGGCCAUCCCAAGGGCUUUGCUUACAUUGAGUUCUUGGAUCGGGACUCUGUGCAGAGUGCUAUUGGUUUGCAUGAGACUUUGUUCAGAGGAAGAGUCCUUAAGGUACUGCCGAAGAGGACAAACAUGCCAGGAAUCAGUACCACAGACAGAGGAGGGCACCAAGGAGGCCACGCCAGAAGAAGAGGCCGAGGUUACCGUCCACCCAGACACCAUAACAACUCUCGUGGCAGGUUCCGGUACCAGUCUACCAGGCCACAACAUCAAACACCUCACCCUUACAACGCAGGCUCCUCAGUGGGGAAGAGACAGUGGGGACACAUGGACUGCCAUGAACAGAUGCAAAAACGCUACCCAUGUCUUCUUCUCAUCACGCCACCGUCUGAGGAAGUGGGGGCAGGGUCGAGUGACCAGCACUACCCCCAACAGCGCUAGUGCUACACCUGCAUCAUUCAUCCUAAAUGGGUGGACAGAAGUGAUUUUUUUUAUUUUAAAGAACAAAGGACUCGAGGCAUUAGUUUUGCAUUGUGUGAAAGGCACAGAAUGGACAGCAGAGCUGACAGUUGCAUCACUUCUCCAUCUAGGUGAGACAUGAAGACUGAGGUCGGCUGUGUUGCAUUAUACUCUUGUGUUGCUGUGAAUGCAUGGGACAAUCCUUAGAUUGUUAUGCAGCUGUAUCUCUUAUGUUUGUGUAUAUACUGAUUGCAAAUGUUUUGUGUUGCUGCCUGCUAUGUAAUGUUUAAAUCCUCCUAAUGUGCAACUUCAAUUCUUUAUCUUAAGUGAAUAAAUAAAAUACUGAUCCAGUG